GUCCUUAGAACCAGAGCAACGGGUUGGGAUUUUAUAUUUUGGGGUCAUUAUUUAUUUAAAACCGUUUAAACGUAGAAUUAAUUAACCUGUAUCAUGCCACGAAGAGCGCUGAGAUGUGUUGUGGAUUUAAAUAUUGAAAGGGUUUCUGCCCCGGGUGUCUGGCUGCCAAGCAAGGAGGACUGUUAUCUGAGUAUCAGUGUGUUUGGCCAGUACAGGAAUACACGAAAUGUCACGUCCGUGUUUCCAUUUAUCUUCUAUGAGCCAUUUAGAUUCGAAAAGACUUACUACACAGCUUUAGACCCACAAGAUGUCGCCGAAUUUCUUGAAGAUGAGCUGGUUAUCAUUGAGUUACUUCAGUACUCAGACUACUCAGACGGUGCUGUCCGUUUGGCAUCAUUCUCAACCAGUGCCAGGGAGUUCCUGUUCCCCUACCCCUCUCUCUGCCCCUCGUAUACAUCCUCAUGUCGCGAGGUCCUCCUGUCACGCACCAUCGCAUUCCCAGGUAUUUCUCCCAAGCUGGAGUUCACCACUGGGACUGUGAUCAAGGAAUCUCGUUCUCCAGAGCUCGACGCUCUUGAAGAUGCCUUGGAGGAGGAAAAGAUUGCAAGAAAGGCUCGAUCUCGCUCAAGGUCAAGAGGUCGUUCUGUUACAAGGUCAAGGUCACUGUCAAGGACAAGAGCAUACAGCCCGGAAGGCUUGCAUAUCACAAUUACAUCAGGGGCGUAUUCUUCGGACUCCGAGGACAGCGAGGGUUACGACUCUGACCCAUCUUACAUGCGCCCUACCAUCUCUUCUAUUUUUCGUUCCAGGUCAAAAUCUGGGGUACGUAAUUCUUACGAUGAUGAAAAUUUGUCCGACGAGACUGGCAAAGCACCAUUUGUUGUCCGACAUCUGGACAAGAGCUUGAUUGGUCGCACACCUGGUGCUCCGCCUGCCAAGGGUCAGAAGGUCAAGAAGUCACGUGGGAGGUCAAGGUCUAGGUCACGAUCCCGACCCUCAAGUGCCCUCAGCGGAUAUGUUAGUGACGAGCCUGUAUCCUACACCCCCAGGCAGUAUGUAAAAGAGGUGAUCAGAGAUGGUGACGAUGCCUUGCCUGUCUACAUCACCAAAUACGUGUCUGACGAUGAUGAUGCGGAGGUUGAAGCCCUCACGUCCCCGACCUCAUACCUGCCCCCACCGAGGCCGCGCUCUGUGAGCCCCUACAUCUACAAGCCAAGCUACAGCACUCGGUUCUCCGGGCUCACGGCCUCAGAGAGGCUUGAGAUUGAGCUCGCACUGGAGCGGGCACGGGCGAGAGCCAGGGCCCGGGCUAUCAUAGCCCGUAGCCGGAGCCCCUCUCCCGUCAGAUACACUCCAAUUCUUGACGGCACUAUAGACGAUCUGGCCUUAGAGACUAGCAUUGCGAAGAACCGGAGCUGGGUGCAUUUAGAUGCUGAACAAUACUGGACCCAACGUGCUGCUGAAUUAACAGGAACUUCUCACAGGGACGUUUUUAACAACAACAUGAACACUCUUUAUUCUGGUCUUCUUAGAAAGGCGGAAAAACAACCUAAACAAUCUCAAAGAACAUGAAUAUUUAUUUUAUAGAUUUUUAUAUUUUGUAUGCUAGAUAUUUUUAAUAAAAUGGUUUUAUCUAUAUUUAGAGUGAAUGAUUUUCAUUUAUGUAUUAUUUGAUGUAGAAAAAAUGUUUUUCAUAGUAAAUAUGACAUUUUUCUAUUUCCUAGAUUGUGAAUUUUAGCAUUUAUACAUCUGGACUUGUACUAGGUCUAAUAUUAGAAUGCACAUAUAUGAAUAUUCACAACUUCACAAGUAUAUUACCUUUCUUUCAACUUAUAAUGUAAACAAUUCAACGAGUGUUUGAUACUUCUGUGUAUUUACAUAUGUGUUUUAAUAUAUCGAUAUAUAAAUUUACACACUAUUAAAAAGUCUAUGGAUAUAGGAGAUAAAUACAAGGUCAAAGGACUUCACCAUUAUUAUAGCCUUCUGUGAUAUUGCUUUCAAUUAUUGUGUUAUUUUAUCAAUAUAUUAUUUAAAUCUAGUUUCUGUUUUUAGUUUAUCUUUAUUUUGUGUUGUCUUUACUCUUCUAGUCUGUCCUUUUUAUCGAACUUGAAGUACUAUAAAAUCUGUCAAAUUAAGAUUAAUAUUUCAGUGUUUUUAGUUGUAUUGACUAUACAUUGUAGGAAUAACAACUGAAGAAAUUGAUAAUUCUUGAUAAAAUAUGCUGUAUCUUUUUAGCUCACCUGAGAACAAUAUGCUUAUGGUGAGCUUAUGUGAUCGCCUUUGUAUAAUGUUAGUCCUGAAGCGUAAAUUGUCAACAUUUACCUUUUUAUCACUCUAGAGGCCACAUUUAUUGUCAAAUCAUCUUGAAACUUGGUCAGAAAAUGUGACACAAUGAUACCUUGAUAAUACUGACAAUAGAUUCAUAAACAUAAACAACAGCCAACAUUUGUCAUGAUAUUGAAUUUAGGCAUAGUUCAAUUUCUUCAAAUAAUUAUAGUUAUAUCUCCUACUCACCUACUGAUUGACCCAGUAAAAUAGAAAGAUCUGUUUCAUUGGAAUUUUAUUUUACCUUUCAUUCUUUGAUAGGCAUGGUAUGUGAGGAGCAAUUAUUAAUGUAUUACCAUUUGAUACAUAAAUUAGUCACAUGUGACGUAUUUUACAUGUUAUAGACAGCCUCAUUUGCAGGAGAAACAACCAGCAACUAGCUAACUGGGUUGUUCAUUGUCCCCCAUAAAUAAUACGUUCUGUGAUUGAAAUAUGUUUAAUAUAUAAAGUUUCUCAUAAUAAUAUGCUUAGAAAUUAAAUAUGUAUGUUUUUUAAGGUCUUUAAUUCUUUUGAAGUCUUUCUUCUCAGAAUAGUCUUGUUUCUUCGGGUCUCAGCUGAGUGCAAAAGAACGCAUGACCCACUUGUAUGGACAUGAUGUGUCAUCAAAACAAAUACUCAUUCUAUAAAAUAACAUUAUGCAAAUUCAACAUACAUUUUAAUAACGAAAAAGUGCCAUUUAACUUGAUGGAGUGAUGGUACAAUUGUCCAUACCUUCCAAGCCAGUCACUUUGAAUUUCAAAGCACAUUAAUUUGUAUAUAUAACUCUUUGUGGUAUUGGCGUUAUACACGAAUACAGAACAGAAUAUCAUAGAAGUUACCCAUCGGUAAAUCUUUGACUGAUAUCUGGUUCUUUUUUUGUUGAUGUGGGCUUUUGUUGGCUAUUAAGUUUAUUUAUUGGUAUUCCACUUCUUUUAUAUGUUUCAGUUUCCUUAAUAUCUGUACAAUUUGUAAGAAUUUACAAUUCAGUCGUCUAUUAUCUGUUGUUUUAUGUUGUAAAAUUUCAAACAUAUUUCAUAAAUGAAUUUACUAUAGUUAAUAACUGUAAUAUUUGUCAAUGGCUUAUUAAGUGAAAGUUUUUCAUAGACUGCCUUUAAACAGAAAUGUGAUGAUAUUUAUAUUUAGGCAUGCUUUUAUGUGUUCUCGUUAACACAUAGUUUUGCAACUAACAGAAACGGAUGCUCCAACCCAUUUGUAAAAUCAAGAAGUGAAUACUUUUCCAAAGAAGGAAAUUGCACUCAAUAAGACAUAAUGUUCUUGUUUCCGUUAUUAACUUUUGAGAAUAUUUUGGAAGUAAGGAUAUACAAUUUACUAGAAUUAAGAACACUCUUUACUUCUGAAACAGAAGCUAGGCAGCACAUAUCAGACAUCUAGGGAAUUCAUGUUUGUCAACCAUGCAGGUUUACAUUUUGUAGCUAGUUGUUUAUGUAUAGAAAUGCAUAUAUUUGCCAUUAAAUAUAUUAUAAUUUA